UAAAGUAUAAUAAGAAAUAGAAAUAAAAGAAUGAAAGGCCUGAUUAUAUCUUAACGACCAAUCGACUAUAAAAGAGAACGUUCCAUCGGAACAAUUAUUUCUUGCUAUUUCAGGAUACUGGGUCUCUCUUUUUUUUUUCAAGUGUGGGGAUAAAUGACAAAAAGAUAUUGGAACAUAACUUUUGAAGAGAUGAUGAAAGCUGGGGUUCAUUUCGGCCAUGAUACUAGGAAAUGGAAUCCUCGAAUGGCACCUUUUAUAUCGGCAAAACGUAAAGGUAUUCAUAUUACAAAUCUUACUAAAACUGCUCGUUUUUUAUCAGAAGCUUGUGAUUUGUCUUUUUAUGCAGCAAGCAAAGGAAAACAAUUUUUAAUUGUUGGUACCAAAAAAAAAGCAGCCGAUUCAGUAACACGGGCUGCAAUAAGAGCUCGAUGUCAUUAUGUUAAUAAAAAAUGGCUCGGAGGUAUGUUAACGAAUUGGUAUACUACAGAAACGAGACUUCUUAAGUUCAGGGACUUGAGAACGCAGCAAAAGACGGGGAAACUUAACUCUCUUCCAAAAAGAGAUGCCGCUAUGUUGAAGAGACAAUUAUCUCAUUUGGAAACAUAUCUAGGCGGUAUAAAAUAUAUGACAGGAUUACCUGAUAUUGUAAUAAUCGUUGAUCAGCAAGAAGAAUAUACGGCUCUUCAAGAAUGUAUCACUUUGGGAAUUCCAACGAUUUGUUUAAUUGAUACAAAUUGUGACCCAGAUCUUGCAGAUCUUUCGAUUCCGUCUAAUGAUGAUGCUAUAGCUUCCAUCCGAUUCAUUCUUAACAAAUUAGUUUUUGCAAUUUGUGAGGGUCGUUCUAGCUAUAUACGAAAUUUUUGA